AUGCAAUUCACUGCCGUGACCUUCCUUGCUCUCAUUGCCGCCGUUGUCGCCGGCCCCGUUGCUCCCCGCCAGGCCGACGAGGGCAACCAAGUCACCGUCGAAACCCCCGCCAUGACCGAUGCCAACGGCAACAUUGUUCCCUUUGACGCCGCCACCGUCUCCCAGCCCAACCUCGACGCCGGCUUGUAA